CGCCACACUAGGGCAUCAAGCCAAGGAUGCCAAGCAGUACCUGCCGACUCGCUUAGAUGGGCAGCUCGGCUACCAAACGAUUAAUCAUAUUAAUUAACUAACUAGAGACUAGAAAUUCUCCUGUGUGAAUUAUUUGUAAGCCCUCGACGAGGGUACCCGCUCCAUAUGCCGUGACGUUGCUGGUCAUUAGCAUAUACUUAUUACCCCGGGAAGUAGGUCCACACUAUCGCGACAUAUUUCAAAGAACACGAACUCCACCACCACACACACAUCAUCACUGGAAACUUGCCACAUUCACCAAGGUCCUACAACACAAGUACCAUGGCCGACCAAAGCACCUCAAACACGCAGCCCAACAGGGCCCAAAUCCGCGUGGAACCCAUCACCAACCCGGAAGAAGACUUCAACCGUUUCUUUGAGCUUGCUGCCCUCACCUUCGGCCAUCAGGUCCACGAUGGUGUCUGGUGCGCCAUGAAUCCUGGCUGGGAUACGGCUGAGGGUUGUACGAGCGGGAGUGCCCGUCUUGCUGCGCGCUGGUCCACCAUCACCAAAGACAGACAUGGCAACCCCAACACCAUUUUUCUCAAGGCCGUUCUCGGAGACGGCUCCGGGGAUGAGGAAAAGAUUGUCGGCGCGGCCAUUUGGGAGCAGGCUUCCAUCGUGGACGGGUACGGUCAGGCCCCUGCAAUCAACAUAGACAAUUCGCAGCUGGAAGCCCUGUACCCCAAUCAACCGGACGAACAGCGGUAUCUUCGGCAGGUUGACCACUCACUGCGCCGGCGUCGCCUGGAGGUGAUCCGCGAGAUUGCGAUGAGUUCGUCCCCAGCGGUGAUGGUAUUGGACUUAUGUGUGGUCGACCCAGCGUGCCAGCGGCUUGGAAUUGCUACAAGACUGGUAGAAUGGGGCCUUCGUGAGGCGAAGGCACGUGGUGGGUUGGAGGCUGUGCUGGAAGCUUCGAGCAUGGGGCGGCAUGUUUAUAGGAAACUAGGGUUUGAACAAGAGGGGGGUGAGUUUCUUUACGACGUGGAUGAGGAGUUCCGGGAUCGUGAGCAGCCGUCGAACGUAUUUAUGCGUACCGGUAGACCGGUAGCAUGACGGGUUUAAAUUGCGAGAAGGUCCUCUGGUGUUGUGACUAUUCCCUGGGAAAUCCAUUGGAGUCGAG